AUGCAGCUCCUGUGUGUCUUAGAAGAACUGCAAAUAUCCAUAAUGAGUUUCUCGAGGCGUCAACUUCUACGCCUGCUGAGGCUGCGGAAUCUUCUCACAAUCACAGCCAUAGUAAUGCUUUUGUAUUUCAUUAAGUUAUUAAGUGGAGUAUACUCAGAAAACGAAAAUAUAGAAGUUAUACAAGUCCCAGAGAGGAUAUUUAGGAGGGUGAAUGUUGACACUGGAAGUUUUGUGCCGGCAAAUUUAAAGAAAAUUGAUUGGCACGACUACAACUUGAUAAGCAAAGAACGGAAACGAGUGGGUAUCGGCGAACAAGGCAAGCCUGCUACACUUCCAAAGUCUGAAGCAGAAAAGGAAAAAACUUUGUAUGCAGUAAACGGUUUCAAUGGAGCUUUAAGCGACUUGAUCCCUUUAAAUCGCUCGUUACCAGACAUACGGCAUUCGAAGUGUCAGGAGAAGCGGUACAUUGCUUCUCUGCCAACUGUGAGCGUAGUUGUGCCCUUCCACAACGAGCAUUGGAGUACUUUGCUGAGGACUGCCUUCAGCGUGCUGUACAGAUCACCUGAGAAACUCAUCAAAGAAAUAUUUCUAGUCGACGAUGCUAGUACUAAAGAAUUUCUAAAGCAUGAGUUGGACGACUACUUGGGCCGCCACAUGCCAAAAGUGUCGGUAGUCCGCUUAAAGGAGCGGAGCGGUCUCAUAACUGCCCGACUGGCGGGCGCUAAGGAGGCCACGGGCGAUGUCCUCGUGUUCCUGGACUCGCAUACAGAGGCCAACGUCAACUGGUUACCGCCACUACUAGAGCCGAUAGCUCUGAAUUAUCGCACGGUGACAUGUCCGUUCAUCGACGUAAUUGCGUACGACACGUUCGAGUAUCGCGCUCAGGACGAGGGCGCUCGUGGGGCCUUCGACUGGGAGUUCUUCUACAAACGCCUGCCGAUCCUGCCCCAGGACGAGAAGAACAUGCCGGAACCUUUCGAGAGCCCUGUAAUGGCGGGAGGUUUAUUCGCAAUAUCGCGCAAGUUCUUCUGGGAGCUUGGCGGGUACGAUCCUGGUCUUGACAUCUGGGGUGGGGAACAGUAUGAACUUAGUUUUAAGUUGUGGCAGUGCGGGGGCCGCAUGGUGGACGUGCCGUGCGCGCGCGUCGGGCACAUCUACCGCAAGUUCGCGCCCUUCCCCAACCCGGGACACGGGGACUUCGUGGGCAGGAACUACCGUCGCGUGGCGGAGGUGUGGAUGGACGAGUACGCCAAGUUCCUGUACCAGCGACGUCCGCACUACAACUCCAUCGACCCCGGGGACAUCUCCGAACAGAAAGCGUUACGGAAACGGCUCAACUGCAAGCCUUUCAAGUGGUUCAUGAAAAAGAUCGCGUUCGACUUGACAGCCAAAUAUCCAACCAUUGAGCCUGAACCAUUUGCUGAAGGACGUAUUCGUCCAGCGAUGAACAACAAGUUGUGCGUGGACGCUCACCGCGGGGUUCAGAACGAGAGGCUCUACAUCAAACCUUGUUCUGCCAACCCUGACAGCGAACAGCACUUCAUAUUCUCUUGGCACAAGGAUAUCAAGUCGAAAUCCCGCAACAUGUGCUGGGACCUGCCGGAGUCGGCCCCGCGCAGUCCGGUGCUGCUGUACGCGUGUCACCUGGGCGGAGGGAACCAGCUCUGGAGGUACCUGGAGGACACGAUGCAAAUCAAGCACGGAGACGCGGCGGAGUCCCCGUGCCUGGACUACAGCCCCGAGCUCGGCGAGCUGUUCGUGAGCCGCUGCCGAGCCGUGGCCACCCAGCGCUGGGCCGUGGACAAGCUGGACCGCGCCAUGCUCGCCCGCUGGGACGCCAUGCGCUCCGUGGUCACGGGACCCCUGGACUACUCGGACGAAACGUAA